UUACCCAACCUGUCUGUUCUAUAAACCACAAUUUUGCUUAAAAAUCAGAAUCAAAUUCAAAAACAAAAAAUAAAAAUAGAAAAAGGAAACGUAUAGAAAAAGCUUCUCCGAAAAUUUGGCAAAAGAGAAGAAAAGAGAUUCACGUUUGGUUCAUUCUCCCGUUCGCUCCCUUUCUCUUUCAGGCCAUUUUUUCUUGACGAUAAAGUUGCGAUUUCACUGGUGUCGUUUUGCCCAAGAUGAUGUCGUUUUCGGGAAUAUAGUAAUUUGGGUCUGGGAAUCUGGAUUGAAGUUCUUUCUUCAGCAUUGGUUACUUUUGAACACUAUUCAAUUUGAUAAUUGGUUGGUCCCCUCGUUUUUGCGGAACUCAAAUCAGUUAGGUUAGUGAAAAAUGAUUGAAUCAAUUGCCGCAACUUCACUCCUUGGCCACCGUCCAAUUUUUGGUGGAAUCUUGGCCAGGGAUGUAUCUGUUAAACGCAAAUCUUUGAAUUCUUGUCGGCUGCCAACAACCGAGUUUCUUGGUGGUGGAAGGAUUGUGGUUUCUUUGACUUUGCCUAAAUCUGAUAAGCAAGAUAGGGUUAUGUUCUCAUCAAUUAAGGCCUUGGCUGUGGAGUUAACAAGGGAAGCACAUGCUUACAGGGAAGAGAAAUUGCCCAAUAGAGAUAAUAGCAGGAUUGAUAGUGGAUUUGAUCAAAGGCCUGAUUCAUGGCCUCCGGCCAAUAGAGCCGAUAACCCCUCCCUCCGGAAUCCGUUGCUCCGGCAUGAGAGGAUGGGGUGUGGUUGGUUGGGUGCUAUAUUUGAGUGGGAGGGAGUUCUCGUUGAGGACAAUACUGAUAUAGAGAAACAGGCUUGGCUGGCACUCUCCCAGGAAGAAGGCAAACCCUCUCCUCCUGCUUUUACCCUCAAGAGAAUAGAAGGCAUGAAGAAUGAACAGGCAAUUUCAGAAGUUCUGUGUUGGUCGAGGGAUCCAGCACAAUUAAGAAGAAUGGCUAAUAGAAAGGAAGAAAUCUACCAAGCUUUACAGGGUGGGAUAUAUAGGUUCAUGCCUGGUUCCAAGGAGUUUGUUAGUGUUUUAAUGCAUUAUAAGAUACCAAUGGCAUUGGUUUCCACGCGUCCUAGGAAGGCUAUUGAGUCUGCUAUAGGGGAGAUCGGGAUUGAGGACAAUUUCAGUGUCGUUGUAGCAGCAGAGGAUGUUCACAGGGGAAAGCCUGAUCCUGAAAUGUUUGUUUAUGCUGCACAGCUUUUGAACUUAAUACCUGAGAGGUGUAUUGUGUUUGGAAACUCCAAUCUAACAGUGGAGGCUGCGCACGAAGCACGGAUGAAAUGUGUGGCUGUUGCUAGUAAGCAUCCUGUCUAUGAGCUUGGGGCUGCAGACUUGGUUGUCAGACGCCUAGACGAGCUUUCUGUGGUUGACUUGAAGAAUCUCGCAGACAUUGAAAUGAAUGAAUUUGGGUCUCCAGAGCCUGAGGUGGAGAUGGAGAUGGAAGAAGAUUAUGACCCAUCAUCCGUUGAUGACAAUUUCUGGUAAAUCAUAUAAAUGUACAGUUGAUUGAACUUCAUCUGAUUGUUGAUGAUACUAGUUACAGGUUAGUUACUUGUGUAUAUGGUAAACAGAAUAAAUGGGGGGAAAAUUAUAAGUGAUCUGCAUUGAACAUUGAUGUUUACUAAUGAAUUUUCUGUUCAUAUACACUCACGA